GAAUGCAGUGACUCCGCCCAGGCAGGGGACAGCAUGGGAACAUGACCAGAGGCACUGGUGGGAGGCAGGUCCCUCCGCCAGGGACACACUCGCGUGUGGCUGGAGCCACCUUAAGGUGUCAGUGUGGGGGAGAGACAGACAGGCUGCGGGGGAGGGCAAUGUCCCGGUCCUGUGCAGUUCCCAUGUUCCCGUUCUUGUCCCGUUGCAACAUGGCCCUGCGGAGGGUGCUGGCGCUGGCGGCAGCUCCGAGGCGCCGCAGCUGCUGCUCCAAGCCCUCGCUGCCCCCUGACUUCGUGGAGGCCCUGGGGGCCGUGGUUGGGGCCCCCAACGUCUCCACGGCCACCGCGGUGCGGGAGCAGCACGGCCACGAUGAGUCCAUGCACCCCUGUGCCCCCCCGGACGUCGUGGUGUGGCCCCAGGCGGUGGGGCAGGUGCAGGAGCUGGCAGCCCUCUGUCACCGCUGCCGUGUGCCCAUGGUGCCCUUCGGCACUGGCACCGGCCUGGAAGGAGGCGUCAAUGCCGUGCAGGGCGGUGUCUGCUUUGACCUGAGCCGCAUGGACGCCAUCGCAGAGCUGAGCCUCGAGGACUUCUCGGUGACAGUGAAGCCCGGUGUCACCCGCAAGGCCCUCAAUAAGCACCUGCGUGGCACCGGGCUCUGGUUCCCUGUCGGUACCGUGGGUGUGGGGGGAGUCUUGGGACUGGGGGUGACAGCAAUGUAGGGGCUGGUGAUGAGGACACACUUGAGGAGCUGCAGAUUUUGGGGUGUCCAUAGGUGUGCUGAUUCCAGGGCAGUAGCAGAGGUGCCUCUUGGACUGAGGGUGCCAUGGUUCCUGAGGUUCUGGAAGGGAUGGACAGCCAGGACCUGGAAUGCUUGGUAUCACAUCCUCUCAGCCACACCAAAUCCAUAGGUCUCAUGGUGACCAUGGCCCCUGGCAAGGUGCUGGGUGGGACUCUCAUCUCAUACUGUUUCUGGGGUCAUGUGGCCCCAGUGCCCUGCACUGCCACCCCCAUCCCUUGUGUCCCAUUAACCCUCUGUGCACCAGCAGUCUCCAAAGGCUAGGAGAUCUAGGAGGGCAG